AUGUCUUAUAGUCAUUUCUUAGCAUCUAAUGAAAUGCCCACCAAGUCAUAUACCCCUCAUCUUCUGGAUUUUGACGAAAACAGUACUUUGCUCUCUUUUAGCUCAACACAGGAUUCAUUGCAUAAAUUAAAACAUGAAUUAAACGAAAGCUUUCGGUUGUCUCAUCCGGAAAUAAUGCCAGAACUCACAUUUUCAAAAAUAAAGUCUAUCAAGCUCCACCUACAGAAUAUAACAAAGAAUCUUGACCUUGAGCUAUCAACCUUAUCUCACGCUUAUGUCUAUGUUGAAAAGUUGAUACAAAAGAAUGUCGUCACAAAGCAAAAUAGGAAACUUGUAGCAGCGUGUUGCUUAUAUUUAGCAGUUAAAAUAAACGAACCAAAAGGGGUUUGCUUUCGUGAUCUUUUCGAGGCUAUCUCUGGAGAAAUUGGUAUUGGAUCAAAGGAUAUACGAGGGCACGAGUUUGCUGUCUUUGCUGAUCUUGAAUUUAGCCUUUAUGUUCCUAUAGAAGAAUUCAUGCCACAUCUUGAUAAGCUUGUUGAAGCAUUUGGUUACCAAUCAAUCAAGGAUUAUGUUGGUGAUGAAUCAUUUUAUGAGAUUAAAGCUUAA